AUGAAGUAUGGCAUGAACCAGUGGGCGCGUGUGGCGUCGCUACUGUCGCGGAAAUCAGCCAAACAGUGCAAAGCGCGCUGGUACGAGUGGCUGGAUCCGAGUAUUAAAAAGACUGAGUGGAGUCGCGAUGAGGAAGAAAAACUGUUGCAUCUUGCCAAGCUCAUGCCUUCCCAAUGGCGCACCAUUGCCCCCAUAGUUGGUCGUACGGCUGCGCAGUGCAUGGAGCACUAUGAACGGCUACUGGACGCGGCUCAACAGAAAGAGGGUAUCGAAGUAGGGGAUGAUCCAAGACGUCUGCGUCCUGGAGAGAUUGAUCCAAAUCCAGAGAAUAAACCAGCACGUCCUGAUCCGGUAGAUAUGGAUGAGGAUGAAAAGGAGAUGUUGUCUGAGGCUAGAGCUCGUCUAGCCAAUACGAAGGGCAAAAAGGCUAAACGCAAGGCUCGUGAGAAACAACUAGAAGAAGCACGACGUCUCGCAACAUUACAAAAGAAACGUGAGCUUAAAGCUGCAGGAAUCAUGUCCUCAAAUCCUCAUGUGACUACGAAAAAGCGAAAAUAUAUUGACUAUGCAAAUGAAAUUCCAUUUGAAAAAAAGGCCCCUGCUGGUUUUUAUGACGUUGUAGAUGAAAAAAGGAUUUCGAGUAAAGGGAUCGACCCAAAGCGUGCAGCGUUGCAGUUAGACAAACUUGAAGGUUUACGUCGAGACGUACAAGAGAAAAAGGAGCGCAGAUUGGAUGCCAAGCGACAAAAGUCGCGCAUGAACUCUCAUUUACCACAAAUAAUUGCUGCGGUGAACAAGAAGAACGACCCAAUUAAUACUAUCAAACGCACGCCGCUAGAGCUGCCCGCUCCUGUGGUUUCAAAUGACGAGUUAAAAGAUCUUGCAAAGCUGGGCAUGCAUGCCACUCACGCAGCCGCACUUGCUCUGGAAAAUAGCUCGACCACGGAAACAAGAGCACUUAUGGGGGACUAUAGUGCCACCCCACUUCGAUCGGUUCACGGCGUCACAACAGCAAUGCCUUCUAAUCGUAAUGUGCACGAGAAUAUCAUGCAAGAAACGGCGAACCUGCUUGCCAUGCGCAAUAGUGCGACGCCUCUUCUAGGUGGCGAGAAUGUUGAGUUGUACGAAGGAACGGGCUAUGCGGGAGCUACUCCGUCUCGGACACCAUCGUCAGUUGUGUCCAACGCAGUUACUGACAAGACACCAAUGUCGACGACGCGCACACCUUUGCGCGACGAGCUAGGCAUUAAUCCUGAACAGCUUUACGGCACACAGGCUGAGAAUGCUAACGCAGAAAAGGCUCGUGCGAAGCGGCUGGCUAUGAGUCUACGCGAGGGCUUCAAUAGCUUGCCUGCUCCCCAAAAUGAGUACGAAAUAAACAUGCCAGAGAAAGAAGGUGAGGAUGUUCGCGCCGGUGUGCAUCGUGAGGAAGACGCUGGUGAGCGAGAAAUUCGUGAGCACCAGCAGCGUGAGUUACAGCGAGAACGUGAGCUUCUGCGACGAUCCACUGCCAUGCAAAAGGGACUCCCUCGGCCAUCGAAGGUAAAGAAGGUGUUGAUUCACAGUGAGUUUGACGAAGUUUCAGACGAAAUGUACCGAAUACUAGAUCACGAAAUCGCCAAAUUCCCAACAAACGAUGGCAAUUCCAAGAAGAGCAAGAAGCGCAAGAAAACGACAGAUACACUUCCUGACCUGCAUGAAUUCUCUGAAAGUGAAUUAGAGCAUGCGAAACAAAUGAUUCAAAUUGAAGUCAGUCUGAGCAGCGCAAAUAACUUCUGGAAGUCUCAAGACGCUGUGGAUCUUGGUGCAACGUGGAACGAAAUACAAUCCCGCUCAUUAAGCAAGGCAAAAAGCGAGCAAAAAAACGGUGGCGUUUUUUUUCAGUUUGCAACAUCCGAUGAAGACAAGUUACGUGCCGUACAAGCUCGCUUUGCAGAGCUGAAGGAAGCCGAGCAAUUCCUCGUAAAGAGGGCUUUGAAGCUGAACGAUCGAGUCCAAGUCGUGAAUGGUGGACUUAACCGGCGCAUCCAACAAGGCUUGGAGUUAUUUCGCGACCAGAAUACAGAGCUUCGAAACUCAUCAAUCGAGCAAGUAUGCUUUCAGAAUUUGUCAAGUCUUGAAAAUCAGGCGCUGCAGAUUCGCAUGGCGCGAUUGGCGAAUGAGAUUAACGUCCAGCAGUUGAUAGAAGUUAAAUUGCAGAAGCAGUACGCGACGCUAGUCCGUGAGCACUAG